AUGUCGAAUAGCCCGUUCGCAUCCCCAGGGUCUCGUACUUCACCGGGUGCGCGUGAGAGUCCCAGUCUCACACUCUCUCAGCUACGCAGUCGUGGCAACGGGUCAACAAAAACGAGCCCGUCUCCGGCAAGCACGACCACGUCGACUUUCUCAGACUCCGUCUCUACCCAUAUCCCGUUACGGCCGCUCAGCAGCAUGAUUGGUGCCGGCGAUACUGAUCAGCGGCUCAUUCGGUCAGAUCCGGGCAUGAUGACCUCCUUUGAACCUUCGGAUAGAGAGCUUUAUGACUUGUGGGCGCCGCGUACAUAG